GCUAUUGCGCGCGGCGCUGUCUCCGCCCAGCCCGCGUCCAAGCCUCGCGGAUUAAAAAAAAAAUAAUUAAAAAAAGAAAAUUAACCCAAGGCGUGUUCCAUUCCAAAUUCAAAUAAAAAACAUGGCGGUUGUUGGUACACGCGGUGACGGUUUCUUGUGAAUUGUGGUAUCAAUAUGUUCCUCCCGGACUGGACCUAAUUUACAAUAGUGUUAAGUGUGUGUGUUUAGACAUAAUUGAUUUUAACCAGCCUCCAGACAACCCAUUGGGACCAAAUCGCCGAACAAAUAAAUAAGUUCAUUUAAAAAAAAAUCAACCACAAAAUCCCAUUUCUUACUACCUAAUUAAAAUUAAUAAUUAAUUCGUAUAAAAUAAUAGACUGUCCAAGGUCCAAGGUACUUCUUAGUAAUUUGUGUGUAUUAUAAAUCGAUUAGAUAGGGUCACAAUAAAUAAAGUGUUUCUUCAUAAGUGUAAGUGAAGUGCGUGGCGUAUGGAACUCCCAGGGGGCGAAGGUUUGAUUCUCCGGUUCCGUGGAGUGGAUAGAUCAAUAUGAACCCAGAAGCCGGCGGCGAGGAUGCAGCCACACCCACCACGCCGGGCGCGGGCGGCGCGGCGGACGCGGGCCCGCUGGUGCCGGUGCCCGUCGCCCCGCGCAAGCCAGCGCGGCGCGGCGCCAAGGUGCAGCAGGAGCGGCCCAAGCGGGCGCUGUUCUGUCUCACGCUGAAGAACCCGCUGCGAAAGCUGUGCAUCGACAUCGUCGAGUGGAAGCCGUUCGAAUGGAUGAUCCUGACGACGAUAUUUGCUAACUGCGUGGCGCUGGCAGUCUACACGCCCUUUCCAGCAAGCGACUCCAAUUAUACCAACUGGGUUUUAGAAAAGAUCGAGUACAUAUUCCUGGUGAUAUUCACGGGGGAGUGCGUCAUGAAGAUCAUCGCGUAUGGAUUCGUCAUGCACCAGGGCUCGUAUCUGCGGAACGGGUGGAAUCUGCUCGACUUCACUAUUGUUGUUAUUGGCAUGGUGAGUACGGUGCUGUCGAGUAUAUUCAAGGAUGCCUUCGACGUUAAGGCGUUGCGAGCUUUCCGAGUGCUGCGACCAUUAAGGCUCGUCUCUGGAGUGCCCAGUCUACAGAUCGUGUUGAACUCGAUCCUGAAGGCGAUGGUGCCGCUCCUACACAUCGCGCUGCUGGUCAUCUUCGUCAUCAUCAUCUACGCCAUCAUUGGAUUGGAGCUGUUCUCGGGGAAGAUGCACAAGUCGUGCUACAGUAAAUCAACAGGGGAAAUAAUGGAUAACCCGCAUCCCUGCGACGUCGACAAUGGCUUCAACUGCUCUCUCCUCGGAGAAGACAUGGAGUGCCGCGAGGGGUGGAUCGGACCCAACUUCGGUAUCACCAACUUCGAUAACUUCGGGUUGUCCAUGCUCACCGUCUUCCAGUGCAUCACGCUUGAGGGUUGGACGGAUGUUAUGUACCAUAUUCAAGACGCGAUGGGGAACAGUUGGGAGUGGAUAUAUUUCGUUUCGAUGGUCAUAUUGGGCGCCUUUUUCGUCAUGAACCUUAUUCUUGGUGUCCUGUCUGGAGAGUUCUCCAAAGAAAGAGAAAAGGCAAAGAACCGUGGUGACUUCCAAAAGCUACGCGAGAAGCAGCAACUAGAAGAGGACUUGAAGGGGUAUCUGGACUGGAUCACACAGGCUGAGUACUUGGAGCCGCUGGCCGACCAGCAUGACGCUGUGGACCAAAAGAGAGAUUAUGGUAUUGAGUUUUUAAAUCAAACGCAAAACGAGCACGAUUCAACGGACCACUUGGGAAUAGAGGCGCCCGAGCAGCAGAAAGUAUCCAUAGGAAAAUUAUGGAAAAAAGAUUUUGAUAAGGUGAAUCGUCGCAUGAAGCGCGCGUGCCGACGCGCGGUGAAGUCGCAGACGUUCUACUGGCUCAUCAUAGUGCUGGUGUUCCUCAACACCGUGGUGCUGGCCAGCGAGCACUACCAUCAACCUCCGUGGAUGGAUUACUUCCAGGAGUACGGGAACGCAAUAUUUGUGGCGCUGUUCACUUUAGAGAUGUUGGUGAAGAUGUACAGCUUAGGAUUACAGGGAUACUUCGUGUCGCUGUUCAACCGCUUCGACUGCUUCGUGGUGGUGGGCUCCAUCAGCGAGAUGGUGCUGACCAAGACGGAGCUCAUGCCGCCGCUCGGCAUCUCCGUGCUGCGCUGCGUGCGGCUGCUGCGCGUCUUCAAAGUCACCAAGUACUGGCGAUCGUUGUCUAACUUGGUAGCAUCGCUGCUGAACUCGAUCCAGUCCAUCGCGUCCCUGUUACUGCUGCUCUUCCUUUUCAUCAUGAUCUUCGCUCUGCUCGGCAUGCAGGUAUUUGGAGGCAAGUUUAACUACGACCCCGUGGAAGAGAAGGACAGACAUAACUUCGAUUGUUUUUGGCAGGCGCUCCUUACAGUAUUUCAGAUACUCACAGGCGAGGACUGGAACGCAGUGAUGUAUGAAGGCAUCAAGGCGUACGGCGGCGUAGGCACGUUUGGCAUACUGGCUUGCAUCUACUUCAUUAUCCUCUUCAUUUGCGGCAACUAUAUCCUCCUGAAUGUGUUCUUGGCUAUCGCCGUGGACAAUCUAGCCGAUGCUGAGUCGCUGACCAAUAUCGAGAAGGAAGAAGGACAAGCUGGAGACGAACAAGAAGGUAUCGAAGGAGGGCCAGAAGGUGUGCUUGCGGAAACUGAUGACGAAUACAUUCACGAUGAUGAUGCCUACACCACCGAUAACUCGGAAAGGGAAUACGAAGAAAUGGGUUCAGAGGGAGAUCAACAAGAGGAGAUCGAUGGAGAGGGAGAUGAAGGUAUUAUAGAUGAAGAGAAUGAAGAGAGACUCGAAGAGGAACAGGAAGAAAUAGAGAGUCAUCAAAGAAAUCAUAUAGUGAACACAGAGUUCGAGGAUGAGCCGAGGUUGAAACGUAAGCCGACAACGUCGUCGGCAAGGCCGCGGCGACUGUCCGAGGUCGAUAUCCAAAGCUCGGCCAAGCCCAUCCCCGACGCUUCCUCCUUCUUCAUAUUUUCUAAAACAAACAGGUUUCGCGUGUUCUGCUACAAGAUGUCUGCGUCAUCUACUUUCGGCAACAUCAUCUUGGUGUGCAUCAUGCUCUCGUCCGCCAUGUUGGCUGCAGAGGACCCUUUGGAUGCUGCGCAAAAGGGAUUUCGAAAUUGGUUGCUGAGUCAAUUCGACAUCUUCUUCACGGGCAUCUUCACUCUGGAGCUGUUCUUGAAGCUGAUCACGUACGGCCUCCUUUUCCACGAGGGCGCCUUCCUGCGUUCCGCCUUCAACGUCCUCGACAUGCUCGUUGUUUGCGUCUCCCUUAUUUCUAUGAGCUUUAAGUCUGGAAGUAUAUCCGUUGUGAAAAUAUUACGAGUAUUCAGAGUGCUGAGGCCACUUAGGGCCAUCAACAGAGCCAAGGGCCUUAAGCACGUUGUUCAGUGCGUGAUCGUUGCAAUCAAAACAAUCGGCAACAUUUUGUUGGUAACGUCCUUGCUCCAAUUCAUGUUCGCGGUCAUGGGAGUGCAAAUGUUCAAGGGUAAAUUUUUUAGAUGUAAUGAUAUAUCAAAAAUGACAAAAGACGAGUGUCGAGGGACAUAUUUAGUGUUUGAAAAUCGUAAUUAUGUAGUUAGAGAUAGAGAAUGGAAGAGAAAUGAGUUUCAUUUUGAUAAUGUUAUGAAAGGGAUGCUCACUCUCUUCACUGUAUCCACUUUUGAAGGAUGGCCAGGGUUAUUGUACGUGUCUAUAGAUUCUAAUGCCGAAGAUCGGGGUCCCAUUACUAACUUCCGUCCAAUUGUUGCAGCCUAUUAUAUUAUUUAUAUUAUUAUAAUUGCCUUCUUCAUGGUAAAUAUAUUCGUCGGUUUCGUCAUAGUGACAUUCCAAAAUGAGGGCGAGCAAGAAUAUAAAAACUGUGAACUAGAUAAGAACCAAAGAAAUUGUAUAGAAUUUGCGUUAAAAGCAAAACCAAUUAGAAGAUAUAUACCUAAGCACCGUAUCCAGUACAAAGUGUGGUGGUUCGUGACGUCACAGCCGUUCGAAUACGCGAUAUUCGUACUCAUCAUGAUAAACACCAUCACCCUCGCCAUGAAGUACCACAACCAGCCGCCGGAGUACAGCAAGGCGCUGGACAUGUUGAACAUGAUCUUUACCGCUGUAUUCGCGUUAGAGUUCAUUUUCAAACUUGCCGCUUUUAGAUUUAAGAAUUACUUCGGUGACGCGUGGAACACGUUCGACUUUAUCAUCGUGUUGGGAAGCAUCAUCGACAUCGUGGUCUCACAAGUAAACGAACUUAAGAAUCAGGGAAGUGGGUUGCCAAGAGCGCACGUUGUCAAGGAGAGUUCAAUUCCAUCUAUAAACUUCUUUCGUCUCUUUCGGGUUAUGAGACUAGUGAAGCUUCUUUCUCGAGGAGAAGGCAUAAGAACGCUGCUCUGGACCUUCAUCAAGUCCUUUCAGGCCCUGCCAUAUGUAGCACUUCUGAUUCUGAUGCUUUUCUUCAUAUAUGCCGUGGUUGGGAUGCAGGUUUUCGGGAAAAUCGCAAUAGACGAUGACACGCCUAUCACAAGAAAUAAUCACUUCCAAACGUUUCCACAAGCUAUACUGGUGUUAUUUCGUUCUGCUACCGGUGAGGCGUGGCAAGACAUUAUGAUGGGCGUGUCACCGGAACCAGACGUACAUUGUGAUAGUAACUACGAAGAGGAGGGAGAGGACGAUAGCGGAGGCUCGUGCGGCAGCGUUCUCGCCUUCCCCUACUUCAUCUCCUUCUACGUGUUGUGUUCCUUUCUUAUUAUUAAUUUAUUUGUUGCCGUCAUUAUGGAUAACUUCGACUAUUUGACCAGAGACUGGUCAAUAUUGGGACCACACCACUUAGAUGAAUUUAUAAGACUUUGGAGUGAAUAUGAUCCAGAUGCUAAGGGUCGUAUUAAACAUUUAGAUGUAGUUACUUUAUUAAGAAAAAUUAGUCCACCAUUAGGAUUCGGCAAGCUGUGUCCGCAUCGCGUGGCUUGCAAGAGACUAGUGUCCAUGAACAUGCCACUCAACUCGGAUGGCACUGUCCUCUUCAAUGCGACGUUGUUUGCGGUCGUCCGCACAUCGUUGAAGAUCAAAACGGAUGGUAACAUUGAUGAUUGUAAUACGGAGCUGCGAGCUGUGAUAAAGAAGAUCUGGAAGAGGACUUCACCCAAGUUGCUGGACCAGGUCGUACCACCUCCCGGCGAUCCCAAUGAGAUUACCGUCGGCAAAUUUUAUGCGACAUUCCUCAUCCAAGAUUACUUUAGAAGGAAUCACGCGUUCAAAAAGCGUAAGGAACAGGAGAUGAGGCAGAGCGACGAGCAGUGCCACCAGAUGACGCUACAAGCUGGCUUGAGGACGCUGCACGAAGCCGGACCAGAGCUGAAGCGAGCCAUAUCUGGGAACCUGGAUGUCGAUAUCGUUGGGGAUAACGAUGUACCUAUGCACAGGAGAAACCAUUCCCUUUUUGGCGGAGUGUGGUCCAGUAUACGAAGGCACGGCCCCAACAGGCAUUUUCAGAGACAUCGGAAACAUGGCGAAGGCCCUCCAGAAGCUGUCGGCAAUCACUUGAGUUCAAUGAUGCAGCGUGAAUACGGUGUAGCAAAUCUACCUCUAGCGCCUAAUUUAGCUAAUGGACAGCCAAAAGAACAAAUACCGCUGAGACCAUUAAUAUUGAAUGGAGAGUCAGAAAAGAUUUACCAGGUGCUUGACAACCAAAAAUCGAACUACCCAGAGAUGCUAGGCCAAAUCGGUCUGGCAUUCGGAUGCGUCAACUACUUAACGACACCCGAAACGUCCGGCACAAAAUCGACGUCACCAUCCCGACAGAGAGUACACCCAGAAGGUACAGAGAAGAUAACGGAGAAGUUGGCAGUGCCAAAGAAGGCUUCUCCAGAAGAUAAGACUCCGUCGCCUGGGGAGACGAUAGCGCCGAAGAUAUCCGCGCUGCUGGUGAAGGAGUGUACGCCGGCGGAGUCGAGGCCGAUGACGUUGUACGGGUACAACGCAGCUGCGAGGCUUCCCUUCACGUUCUCCCACGCUCGGGAGCGCCGGAGCCUGCGCGCAGCGCCGCGGCCCGCGCCCGCAGGCGGUAACGCAGGGCGAGGGGUGGUGUCUCUGCCCGGCAGCCCCCGGAACACCGCGUCGGUGCCAGUGGUGGGGUCUGCUGAGAGCCUGGUCACCAGGGUGCUAGCUGAACAAGGCCUAGCGGAAUACUGCGACCCGGAAUUCGUGAGAAACACCUCCAGAGAAAUGCAAGAGGCACUGGAUAUGACUCAAGAGCAAAUGGAUAGAGCGGCUCAUCAGCUAAUGAUACAAGAGCGAAACUUGAAGCAAGUUCAAAACCAGCAGCCGCAAGUGGGCGAUAUCCUAGCCCGCCAGCACCAUCCCUACCACCAGCCCGCGUUGCCGCAGCCCCUCAAGCGGUUAUAGCACCGACACAACAUGGCGCCCAAAAUGGCGUCCAAGAUGGCGCCGACAUGCGUCACCCGCACCACAGACGAAAGAGGAAACGCAAGCCUGUGCUUGUUUAGACACUACCGUUUACCUAGCGUUCUUAAUUUUACAGUCUGAUAAAUAAUAUAAGCUCAAUCGUCUUUUUUGUUGGGGUCCAGAUUCUCUGUGGAAAUAGAAGUGUUAUGAUGUAUUUGAUCUGUUAUAGAAGUCUAAUUUGACAUCAUAAAUUGCAGUGCGUUGCGAAUUCAAUGUCGCAAAGAAUGUGGACUCCAUAACCUUCGUAUAUUAGAUCUUGGCCUUUUGGCAGUAUAAAUAGCGAAUCGAACAGGCGGAUCAAUAUUAGGUACUAUGAAUUGUAAUACUGAAUUUCUUGGACUGUGACCACUGAUAGUUGAAAGUGAGAUUUGUAGUUCCGUAGAUAUUUUAUAGUAAAUUUUAGAUAAAUUGAUUAGGGUGAAACAAAAAAUAUGAUAAUGGUGCUCAUUUGGUUGCACGCAAAACUUUUGACUAAAUUGAACUGAGACUGGUCUCGAGAGUAAUACCAUCCUUUUCUAAUACUCCCUGUUGAAAAGGAUGGAUUCACUUUUAACAAUUUAGUUCCGGUUUAAAUAAAAUCUGUCAGCGCCAAAUUUUAUGAGAUGAUUUCUAUUCUUCUUUUGUGAAAGCGCCAAGCGAGUCAUUCUGUAUUUUUUACCGCGGACCUUUUCGUAGAGUUUCGAUUCCUUUACCAAGAAGUUGAGUCUUUAAUAUUUAUUUACUACGACGUAUUUGCAGACGAUUUGUAGUUCUUGAUUACAGUUCGGGGGUAGUCGACUGACUAUUUUGAAGUAAAAGUAUUUGGAUUCCCUUAUUAAAAACCACUUACCUACUUAAACUUAUUCUAAGAUAAAACAUCCACUAGUGUAAUUAUGAAUAUAUCAGUAUAAUUCAGAAAUUUUGAAAAACUUUGCCCACUUGAGGGCAAAUUAACAUGCACAGGUCAAGUACCCCCAUAAUUAGUUUUUACCAAAUAAACGUAACAAUGAAAAGUACCAAAUGAUCGUUAGUUAGUUUUAUUAACGUUAUGACUUUUGACCAAACGAGACGGUCCAAAAUAAGCCGAUUUUUUAACAAAUUUUGUUUUUUUUUUCAUCGGUGAAAUUAUUUACAGCACUAGAAUUUAUUAACUUACUAGUAGAUACUAUUUUAGUUUUGUUUUAGGUAGUUAAAAUGGCGUUUCUGGGUAACUGGUAUCCAAGUUGUUAUUUGACGUUGUCAAAUAACUUGUUAUUUGUGAGUGAGAGCGAGUGAGGAGAGCGCGGCAGACGUAUUUCUUCAUUUCUUCUUAUAUAGACGCACAUGUUAAUAUAUAAAAUAAAAAAAAAAAUGAAAAAAUGUUACCGUCUACAACUCUCUCCUCUCUGUCAUCAUUCCUCGCAGCUUUGCAAUGUCCAUAGUGAAAACUCUAAGUUUUGCGGUUUAUAUGAAAAUAUGAAUAUUUGUGUUAAUUUACUAACCAGAGGAUUAAAAAAAAAUCGAACCAAUAGCUUUCUUUGUAAGCGGUACGGACCGUCUCUUUUAAUAACAAGUUUGUUUGAGCUUUAAGCAAACGUUUAUUUGUAUUAUGUGAUGCAAACAAUUGUGUGCAAAAGUGUUUAUCAGUAUUAUUGAUUAUGAUAUAGAAAUUAGAGGGUAGAUAGAAUUUUUGAAUUUGUUUUUGGACACAAAGCUUUAAAUAGACUUAACCAAAAAUAUUUAAAUAAAUGAAGACUUUCAAAUUAUAGAAAGACGAAAUGUAAGCCAAUGUAUAGUCGACCCUCAUCCUGUCGCGGAUAGCAAAUAACUCUAUAACUAAUUUGUUCUACAACCGAUUGCACUUGAGAAAUAGAUUGUAAUGAACCCAGACUUAUAUUUCUGGUCUCAAACUGUAUAUUUAAUAAUCUAUAAGUAAUAAAAAAAUAUAUAAGUAUAUAUUUUUUUUUAAAGCUUUGUGUACAAAAAAUUUACUAUAAUUUCCGCUUCGAAAAGCGUCCUGUUACACUAAACUUUUCAUUUGAUUUGUUAAUAAAACCAGACUGACCAUCGGAGCCUCUUACUCGAUAUGACAUUUAUAAUUACCAUGAAAUCAAUCCCAUUUUCAUCAUCCGCCAUCAGAAUUUGAAUGUUAUAUCGAAUCAAGAACCGGCUAGUGUGAUAGUGUACCUAACCCUAAUUUUACUCGUAAAGUUUUCUACGAAUUUUAGAAAAGUCAACACAAUUUUUGCAUUUACACACACCUAUCUUUAAAAAAUAAUAUAACAGAUUUACAUUAGAGUGACAAUACCGCAGUUAAAGACUUGACAAACUUUAUUAUUAAGUGAUGGGAUGACAGGCUUCUGAUGAGACUGGCAACAUCGACGCUACUAGCGUAUCCUUAUUUGUAGCCUGCAGACUAUGUAACAAAACGUGGAAAAAGAAGAGUAUAAGCCGCGUUCGUUACACUUUUAGACCAUAGAGACAUCGAGUAGUGAUGCAUAGUGGUUAUAUCGAUAAAUGAUAUCGACAAAUCUACCCUCUCCUAAUAACUUAUACGAAAUAAAAUACCAAUAUUCCGAACUGGAUAUUGCUCACAUUUGUACAAUAUAUAACUCUAAAACCGAACUAUUGCUCAGAUCUUAAAAUCUUGCCUAUAAACAUGAAGAAUAUGUAAUUAACGCCAGUCUCAAAAUAAACCUGAACCAAUUUUCAGUAAGUUGGUGGAACGUGUAAUUAACUUUCAGGAAUUGAAAAUUGUACUUAAGGUAAUUUUAGUCUCCAGCAAAUUGUAUUCUAAAUCUUUGAAACGAAUAACACGAUAUAUUCCAAAGUAGAUAAAUACAUGUUCUAAGGUAAAGUGUAUACAAACCUAAAUAAGAUGGUUGCACAAAUUUUUAGGAGCAUAUAACAAAGUAACGUUUUUUACAUAACGACUAAUUACACAAGGAGUUGCCUUGCUAGACGUUACUUUUUGUCAAAGUAUAUGAUCAACGAUCUAAUGCAAUUGUAAAAACUGUCUCCUACCUUAAAUAUACGAAACUACCCUUUUAUGUUGUCGAAUGGUGUAAAAAAAAGAUCAACAACUUCUAGUUUAGUUUAAGAUAUAUACUUGAUUUGAGCUCGUUUUCCUCGAUAAAUUACAUAAUUUUAUUUGAAAAUUCGGGUGCGAUUCUAGUCCUUAUGUAAUUAGUCUAAGCGUCAAGGUCUUUGUCCCUAUAAGUUCUUCCGUCUUUAUAGAUAUAAUUUUUAACAGAUAGAUAAGUUAGUGUUUCUUUUAAACUCUAGCUUAUUCUAUACAAAAUUAGCUUUUUUUUUCUUCCAUUUGGAAAGCCAUUUUUUUAUAUUUUAGUGACCUCACCGUGCCUUAAUAUUAAAGGAAUCAUAUUUUUUCUCUAUCUCUAUUUAUUAUUCUUUCUCAAUCAAAAUCUUCCAAAAUUCGUUAUUUUUACUGUUUAAUUUAAUUUUCAAUUCCAUGUUAACAAUAUUAUCUUAAAAUAUGCUUCCAGUAGCUUGGUUCCCGAUAUUUAUGAAUAACCGAAUCGCCGAAUUCAUAAACGCAACGUUUAUUUAUCGUGAUGAUACCUACAUUUUUUAUCAUAAAAGACAGUAGACAAAUAGCAAAUAGUACCUACUACCUAACCUACAUAAUUUACAAAAUAGCAAGUACGUAAAUAUUUUUUAGAUUAGUUAGUAGCUUUUAUAAAGAACCUGUUUCCAAAAAUGACAUUUUCGGGACGUGGGAACGUUAUAUACCUACCUAUUUGAACAGGAUCAGUAACAGUUUCGUCUUCACGGUAUCUUUGGUAAAACGAUAAUAUAUUAUAUUUGAAGACCCUAUUUUUAACGAUAUUUUUAUAGCUCAACAUUUUGAGUUUCGAGUUCGUCUCUAUCCGACUCUGUUUUUAGUGUAGUGUUAGAUAGAGAGAGGUAAAUGAAUCCCAAAUACUUGUACAUUUGUAUUCUGUGCCGGAACUCACAAUGUCGAGUUAUAAAAAUAUCGUUACGCUACUUUCAACUUAUACAGGGUGCUGGGGAGUAUUUCCCAUAACUUCAAGGACUUGAAGAGUCCACGUAAAGAAGCCGAACUGCAUAACUAAUAUAUUUUAACUAAAAAAUAAAAACUUUUUAUCCAUGUAACACACGCCUUCAUCUAUCCUUGCAUUAUAAAAUACGUAAAACUUGGCUAUGUCAAAUUAUAAGGAUGCGUAUAAGAUCUAUUUACAAAAGAAACAUUAUUUACUAUGAAGAAUAUAAACCUGGAGUUAUGGGAAAUACUCCUGAGCACCCUGUAUUACAGAUUUGGUAAAAUACAAAUCAAACACUCAUAUGCGAUUUGUAAAUGGGUAUUUAAGUGUGAGAUAUCCCAUAGUAAGUGCCCUUUGUAUCUCUAUGUAUAUUAGUAUAGUCAAUCUACCCAUACCUAACCCUUACAACCAACAACCACAUUCCUUUAGAAUUUAAGAAACAAACUUGUUUUGUGACUGCAUCGCUUUAGCAGUUAUAAUCUGUGGUAAAGAGAUUCUAAAUUUAUAAUCUAUACUUCCGACGUUUUCGAUUUGUAUUUCCCGUAAACGGAGAAGUUAAUUUUUUCAAUUUAAAAAUUCAUACUCCGUGUACGGUAUUUUCAGGGGCCGGUUAUCGAUGGCUCUUCAGAUUGUGACCACUGGUGAUAAUCUGUUCAGUUUUUAAAUCAUUCAAAGAUAUGACGUCACGAAAGGCCCUUAGGGCUUACAAGUAUGAUGUCACUUUAUAGGAUUUAAGCCAUCUUCUGUUUUUUUUUGGUGAACCUUUGUUUUACAUGUUUUGUAAAAUAUUUUGAGGGUAGCCAUACAAUUUUCUAGUUUUACAUAACUACGAGGUGCCAAGUAAUUGUUUUUAUUAAAAACUACAUACAAUAUUUAAUUCGUCUUUUUGAAUUUGUGAAGUUUUAGUACCUAGCACAAGUUUUAUAUGGAUUUUUCUAAAAUAUUCCUCCUGUCCUAUGUUUAGUUCCUCUUAUGUUUACCACCAUAGGUACGUGUUUUUGUUGUAUAAAUCAAGAUGUACAGAGAUAGAAAGCCAAAAUUCAAAAUCGUUUGAUUGCGCAGGACAGAAAUUGCUGAAAUCAGUUUCAUUUGCGCAGCGAUAAAGGACCAUGUAAACGAUCAAACUUUUUGUCAAAUCAUAUUUGUUUGAUAAACAAUUUGAUGGACUGCGCUUUGUUUGACAAACGCUUCAACGUUUAUUAAAAAAGAAACAGUGUGCCCAGUGGGAGUUUUCAAUAUUUUCAUUCUGUUACUAUCACGUUGAUGUAAACGCAAAUUUAUAUGGAAUUGAAACAGUUGUGCAGUAGUGCCACUAGAUGGCGCUGUUUCAAUUCCUUAAAAAUUCGCGUUUACGUUACGUGACAGUAACAGUAUCAAACUGCCACUAGGCCCUCAGUUAUGAAUUCGAACUUUGGUUAUGUUUUUUUUAAUUCCCUUGGAUUAUAAGGCCUCCACAUAAAUAAAAGUAAAAAAAUCUGUUCAUGUAAAUAAUGUACAAAAUUAAAAAUCUGUAUUCAAAAUCUUUAAAUUUUUAUUAAGUAAAUUUUUUAUAUUCUAGCUCGGAGGGGAGUUGUAAUGGGAUUUUUGAUUGUAAAUAAAUAAUUACUUAUGUAAAUAAAAAAACACGUUGUAAUUAAAAGAUAUAUAUAUUUAUUCAGUCGAGUCAGUAAAUUGGGAAAUUAUUAAUUAUUAUUAUCUAUAUUUAUUGUUUAUAAAACAUUGUAAAAUUGUUUUCAUAUAAAUAAAAAAACACAUGUGAAAUUAUGAACUGUAGUUUUUUUUAUUAAAUCCU